AUGGCACCAGGGGAUGUGGUGCCAGACCAUCCCAAGCAGCUCAAGCCCAAGGAGAAGCGGCCCGGAAACAGGGCAUCGAAAACCGACUGUGAGCCAGAUGGAUCGUUUGUCUUUGAGGCUCACGAGGCUUGGAAGGACUUCCAUAACUCCCUCAGGCAUUUCUACGAAGUAGGCGAGCUCUGCGACGUCACACUGAAGGUAGGCCACGAGGACCAGAGUCAGUCAAUGCAGAGAUCUGUUUGUACAUAAGAGCUCCAGGUGAUUUUGACAAGCAGCUAUCUAGUGUAAUAUUAUGAUUUGAAACUUUGUGGUCUACCACAUAGUGACAGAAAAUUACAUUUGGCUGUGGGCUCAUACAACAUCAAAUUAUUCACAGUCACACCGCUCAACUCCUGAAAAUCAUAUUUAAGGUUACAUUAAUACUGAUUCAAUGUUUUGCUGUUGUUAAAACGUUGUGUCUGACAAAUAUUUAAUUUCUAUUUAAAGUGUUGUGGUUUUAUUUUUCUGUUUGAUGUUUGUAAUAUUUUGUUUUUCCUUUUUAUUUGUAGGUUGGCAGUAGGUUGAUACCAUGCCACAAACUAGUGCUUGCGUGUGUUAUCCCUUACUUCAGGUAUGUUUGUGUCCAUGUUGAAACAUUUGUACUGAAUACUCGACGAGAGACCAAGCAACAAAAAUAUCUUCACUCUAUUUUAAACCUGAUCAAAAGUUAAAGAUUUUGUGACAAUUAAAGGAUAUAUUUAUGGAAAGACAGGAACAUAGCAUCUUUGAACUCAUACAUUUACACCUAUUGUAUUGUAGUUUUUUAGGAUGUAAAGGAAACAGCAGCAAACUGCUAGGACAAUAACAUGUUUGUUUGCAUUUUACUGAUAAAAAAAUAAGAAGCUCUGUGGAGGGUUCAUAACCUUGUCCUUAUAUUAGUUUCAUUUCUUCCCCCAGGGCCAUGUUCCUGUCCGAGAUGUCCGAGGCUAAGCAGGAGCUAAUAGAGAUCAAGGACUUUGAUGGGGAUGCAAUCCAGGACCUGGUGCAUUUCGCCUACUCCUCCAAGCUCACAUUAACUGUGGACAAUGUCCAGCCUCUGCUUUAUGCAGCCUGCAUCCUCCAGGUAAAGAAACAAUCAGUCAACAGACCGUGCAGGCACCAGAGAGAGAGAGAGAGCAUUUUGUUUUAUGACCCUGGACUCUGGAACACUCUGCCUCUGGAUAUCGAGAUUGUAAGCUGUAUUUAAAGAACACUAAAGACCUGUCUUAAUUUAGGGUUAUUUUUAAUAAUGUCAGUUAUUUAUUUAUUUUUUAUUUACACUGCAACCCCCCAAAACAAGUAGCAAUGACAACAAACAAAAAUAUAAACAGAAGCAAAUCCAAAUUUAAACUAGAAAAUUCCUUCUGGGAGAUUUUAAAAGGGUCACAGGGGCUAGUGCCAGGGGUGUGUACAUUAUAAUGACAUUCUUCAGAGAUUUCAAAUAACUAAUUCUAGUAGCAUUGUGAUAUUAUACACAAGGAGCACACCAGCAAAAAACUUUCCCUUUUCAAGUUUUUAUUUCUACAAAAAAAAAAAAGGAACCGAAACUGAAGACAUUUGAAAAACUCAUAAUUGCCUUUUUUUCUUGGCUUGUCCCAUUGAAUUCAGUACAAAUUUUUUCUGCACUUAUGUCACGAAAAUCUCAUUCAGCUUCAUUCAGCCAGGGCAGAGAAAGUUUUCAGCUUUUUGUACCUUACAACGGCUAUGACAUCUAUAACCAGAUAUCUACAGAGGAGCUAUGAUCACUGCUAUCAAGACCUGUGUCAGAAGCUGUAAGAGCUUCACUCAAACCAGGAACAGAGAGAGACUUAAGGAGACAGGAACGAGUCAAAAAGAGCGCUUGGGGUCAGGAGAGAGGAGAGAAAAUGAAAAAAAAAAACACAGCCUUGUGGUCAAAGACAAUCAAGUCAAGUAAAUUCACAUCAUCUACACCAAACCGUAAGAGCGCAUAGGUGUGUGCCCUGGGACAUGACCAGGGUGCUUCACAUGGUGGGUCAGGAUCUAGAAGUUUAAUAAACAUAGAGGUGAGAUUAAAGUCACCAAGACUUCAAGAGUGAGGACUCAGUUUUAUUUUGUGACGGACAAUGACGGAUGAAAGAUCUGGGAAUUCCUGUGAGGAACUAAAAGUUACAUUUUAGUUUUUCACUUUUAUAAUUUCAUCUUAUGUCUUAUAUGUUUCACUAUUGUAAUAUUUGCAUUGCCUUUCUUUCUUGUUAGUCUCUUACGUGCUGCCAGUUUCUGUUCUCACAGUAUUUCCUCCCUUUUGUUCUUUGCUUUUAUGUAUGAAGGGUGCUAAAUAAAGCUCGGUGGAGUUUUGAGAUAUUUUCUGUUUUAACAGAAUCACUUGCUGUGUGUUUAUUUAGGUUGAGCUGGUGGCGAGGGCCUGCUGCGAGUACAUGAAGGCCCACUUCCACCCCACUAACUGCCUGGCGGUUCGCACUUUCGCCGAGAGCCACAAUCGCGUGGACCUCAUGGACAUGGCCGACCGCUACGCCUGCGAACACUUCACCGAGGUGGUGGAGUGCGAGGACUUCACGUGCGUGUCUCCCCAGCACCUGCGCACGCUGCUGUCCUCCAGCGAGCUCAAUAUCCACUCGGAGACCCAGGUGUACAAUGCGGCAGUGAAAUGGCUCAAAGCGAACCCACAGCACCACGAGGUUUGGCUGGACCAGAUCAUGUCUCAGGUCAGAGAGAGCAAAGUCUCCUGUAGUUGUGUUUCUUUGGGUAUCUCUAAGUGUCCCAGGGACUUUGGACUUUAUUCCUAUUUUCUGCUGAUUGUUCAAAAGUUCUCGACUCUCAUGUAUAACAAGUGUUACAUGUAUGUGAACAACGUUGCGUAACCCCUUUUUACAACCAAAAACGAAUGUAUUUACUGGUCUCUUGUUCAGGUGCGUCUCCCUCUGCUUCCUGUGGAGUUCCUGACUGGAACGGUAGCAAAAGACGAGAUGAUCAAAGGUAACCUGAGCUGUCGUGAUCUAAUGGAUGAGGCCAGGAACUACCACCUCCAUCUCAGCAACAAGGUGGUGCUGGACUUCGAGUAUUCAGUCCGCACUAUACCCCGGAAACACACUGCAGGUAGUGUUUCGAUGUUGAUCUUUGACUUUGAACAUGUAAACCACAGAUUUACUGGCCUUUGUCGUCGCAUUCAGCACUUUUACCAAUCCAGUAAAAAGAAGGCGAGUACGUUUUUGGGUAGAGAAAGAUGACACCACGCCAAGAACGGUUUACAGAGUCUCAUUUUUAAUUGAAUAAUCUUUUUAAAAAUGCACAUGACCCAAGGCUGUCUGCACAUGAAGUAUAAUGUGUUCCCUCACAGAGCAAACAUUUUGUUCUUUUUCUCCCACCUCCUCAGGGGUUCUGUUCUGCGUGGGUGGCCGAGGGGGUUCAGGUGACCCAUUUCGCAGCAUCGAGUGCUACUCUAUUACAAAGAACAGCUGGUUCUUUGGCCCUGAAAUGAACAGCAGACGGCGUCAUGUGGGUGUGAUAUCUGUGGGAGGUAAGACGGGUUUAUACAUGAAGCCCGUACAUCAAAUAAACACGCCACAUGGAAAGGUGGACAGUUUUGAAAAGUCAGGAGCAAAUGGAAACAUGAUGACGUAAAUGAUUCUCCGAGCUGCCGGUCUACUCCAAGAAAAGACAUGAACUUGGUUUAAUACAGCAGCAUCAAGGUCAUAUGUUGUCCUCUGAGACUGCAGCUGGUGGGAAUGUUAAACUGAACAGAUUUAUGCAGAGAGGUGUUGUUGUUAUUUACAUCAACAAGGAAGUAAGUUUAAGCAGCUGAUAUUUUAUGAAUCCAAUAUUCUUAUGUUUUUAUGCAGAGUAGCAACCUCAGCUGCUAAACAGAUGAAGAAAAUGCAGAAAUUAAAAAAAACGUACUUCCCAAAGAGUCCUCUUGAUCUUGGCUUUAAUGCAGAGGAAGUCCAGCAAAAGGCGUCUGACAGCAGAAACACGUUUACAGCCUGGAGCUAAAACGAAAUACAGUUUUGAUCCGAAUAAUCUUAUUUCAUCAUUCAUCAAAGGUUGAAUCUUGAAGUCACACACUCUUUUCGAUGACAUUUACAUUUGCUUAAACAGGAGGGUGACCAUAUUCUAAAUCCCCAAAAAGAGGACAAGUAUGUGGGGGCGGAGUCGCAGACUCACACAAUGUUAAUUUUGAGAGUUUUUGGGGUCAGAUUGAGUGUCUUUUACGCACUUCUAAUGCAGUAAGUCCACGUGACACAAACUUGAAACUUCCAUACAAAACCGCGGACAUUUGAGGGAUUUUAUAAACUUUUAUAAACAAAGCCGGACAGCCCCCAAAAAAGAGGACAUGUCCGGGUAAAAGAGGACAUAUGGUCACCCUAUCAAACAGGGUCAUAGCUGACUUGCGAGCAGGUGAGCUGAAGCUGUUUACCUUUAGGCUUAAGCUCCACCUCUUUGCCCGUUUCAAGAUUGAUCCAAAAUUGGGCUGAGUCAGCAUUUCCUAAACGGAAACCACCAUGUUAGUCUUUACAGAAACCAACAGAUAAAGUUUAUUAGAGUACAUCCAUGUUAAUUUACACUUACCCUUAUUAUGAAAAAAUGACCUUUUGAAUUACAGGUCUGUUCAAAAACACAACUAGUUUAUUUUUUAUCGUUUUGUUCAGGUAAAGUUUAUGCUGUUGGCGGCCAUGACGGUAAUGAACACUUAGGCAACAUGGAGAUGUUUGACCCCCUCACCAACAAGUGGAUGAUGAAAGCCUCUAUGAACACCAAAAGGUAAGUAGAUGCUGUGAUGUACUGAGUAUCAACAUAGCUUUCACCAUCUACAAGCAGUGGUUCUCAAUCCAGUCCUCAAGCCCCACAGUCCUGCAUGUUUUGGAUGUUUCCCUUCUCCAACACACCUGAUUCAAAUGAUCAGCUCGUUAUUAAGCCAUUACAGAGCUUGAUAACGAGCUAAUCAUUUGAAUCAGGUGUGUUGUCAUUUGAAAAUUGAAUGUAAUGCUGAUACAAAAUGCCUCGAAAUUACUCGCUCCAAAGCCCCACAGCUGACUUGUCAUGUUUUUCCGUUAACCAAGAAAAUGUGUCUUUUUAUGCUCGGAGCAGAUUCCCCUUUAAGACACAUCUUUUACCCUUAACACCAUGUUUGUGUUUCUCAGGAGGGGUAUAGCUCUGGCAGCUCUCGGGGGUCCAAUCUACGCCAUCGGAGGUCUGGAUGACAAUUCCUGUUUUAACGACGUGGAGCGCUACGACAUCGAAAGCGACUGCUGGAGUGCCGUGGCGCCGAUGAACACCCCCAGAGGAGGAGUGGGGUCUGUGGCACUGGGGGUAAGACUUGGAAAGAGGACUCUUGAGUUUGUUGUGACUACUCUGUGGUUUCAACUCACUUGUUUUGUUUUUUUUUUACCUUUUGCUUUUCAGAGUUUUGUAUACGCCGUGGGCGGCAACGAUGGUGUGGCGUCACUGUCCAGCGUGGAGCGGUUUAACCCACAUCUCAACAAGUGGACGGAGGUCUGCGAGAUGGGUCAGCGACGGGCGGGAAACGGAGUCAGCAAACUCAACGGCUGCCUCUAUGUCGUCGGUGAGAUGAACAAACGUGAACAAACAUGCUAAACGCCAGUUAGAUUCAUGUCUUCACCUGACUAAUCAGGAGUUCCUGUUGGCGCUGAUGGUUUGAGGUCAAAGGGGGAGAGGUGGUUGAAUCGAACUUCAGUCAAUCUCUGUGAUUUUAAUUGUGCUUUUCUCUUACUGUACUUUGCUUCUUUUUGUUAUUCAGUCACAUGCCACCUACGUCCACACCCUGCACUUUUAUGCACAAAUGUGUGUAAGAGCGAAGACAAAAGUUCAUGUUUUGUUAUGCUGUGCGGUUACUGAUUUGCAGAGUGUGAGGGUGAUGUUUUUAUUGUGGCACUUCAAUUUAAAUAGUCACUAGGGGGCUCAGUAAAAACCUUUUGUUGUGGCUUUUUGCCCGGUCAGUAGCUCAUGCUUAAUAAGGAUCCAUGAAAUCCUCUUAACUUCUGCUGCUUUUAUUACAGUUACUUUAAGCUGCUUGUUUGAACUCUGAUCAUUUAGUGAAACAAGCCUGUGGGUCAGUUUUUUUGUAAUUAUGACGUAAUUGUCUCUCUCUUUAUUCCUAACUUGAUUGUUAUUUUUUAUCUUUUAAUUUUUCAUUUCAUUCGAACAGAAAUGUUAUAACAAAACUUUUCAAAAAGUUACACAAACAGAGCAGCUGAAAAUAAACAACAGAUAGUUUCAAUCACCAUUUUUCAAAAAGUGCAAUAUUCGUCAAUAUCAACUCAUUUGGAAGGUUCUCUUCUGUUGGAUGGAUUUUAUGUAUUAGCACUGUGGUUCUCAAGUCCAGUCCUCGAGGUCCACUGUCCUGCAUGUUUUGGAUGUUUCCCUGCUCCAACACACCUGAUUCAAAUGAUCAGCUCGUUAUCAAGCUCUGUAAUGGUUUAAUAACGAGCUGAUCAUUUGAAUCAGGUGUGUUGGAGCAGGGAAACAUCCAAAACAUGCAGGACAGUGGGCCUCGUGGACUGGACUUGAGAACCACUGGGUUAGCGUGUCCCAUGGAGACCCGCAGCGGUCAUGGGUUCGAAUCCACCCCCGACCAUGUGCUGCAUGUCCUCCUCCCUCUUACUCUAUUUCCCCACAUUUCACUCUGUCCUGUCAAUAAAAAGUCUAAAAUCGCCCAAAAAAAUACUUAUUAAAAAAAAAAAAAAACAAUAUUGCAAGAUUUAAAUCCACUCACUUUCUAAAGUGCAUUUCAGAGCACAUGAGGGAGAAAACAUGAGGACGACAACUACUGAAGUUUCUUAUACAGUAAAUAUCAAAUAUCUAAUAAGUAAUGCAUUAAAUAUUUACUUUCUUGACCAGCUUUCGUGACCCAUCCAGAACAUGUCUGCGACCCACUUUUAGGUCGGGACCCACCAGUUGAGAACCACUGCUUUAAUAGGAAUAAGUCAAACCUUCUGCCUGUUAACUGUCUCUCUCUCUCUCUCUCUCUCCCUCUCUUUCAUUAAAGGUGGUUUCGAUGACAAUUCACCAUUGAGCUCUGUAGAACGCUUCGAUCCACGAAUGCACCGCUGGGAAUACGUGUCUGAGCUGACCACCCCCCGCGGUGGAGUUGGGGUCGCCACUGUAAUGGGAAGAGUGUUUGCAGUCGGGGGUCACAAUGGGAACAUCUACUUGAACACAGUGGAGGCUUUUGAGCCUCGAAUGAACAGGUGAGGUGUGAACUAUUCAUCCAUAUUCAUACGAGUUGGAUUUAUAUUUCAGAUUACUUGACCUUAAAGUAAGUGCACUCCUGAAAAUCCCCUGAAAAAAGCAGUUCUCUGCGCCCUUGUAUGUUCUUUUUCACUCUUUAGAUCCAGUCAAUUAUAUGUAGCAUUAAAAUGACAUACAAACCUUUAUCAUAACAUAUAAAGCUGUUGCUAUGGAUACACAUCAGUGACGUCUGCAGCAUCCUUUCACAGCAUCUCCUGCCUCACAAUAACCCACUGCUCUUCUGCCAGAUAUUGAAAUUGUGUGAAAGAACAACUUUUGAAAAUUUUCAGGGCAGGCUGUCCUGAAAUGUUGUAAAAAUUGUUCAUAUUUACAAAAAGCGACUCCAGAGUAUUCAUAAUGUGCUGCUGCAUGUCGGAAUUACAUUUCCUGAAUCCAAAUCAUCCUUCAGAAGCUCAAACUUGAAAAAGAAACAAACAAAAAAACUAUAGGAAUGGGUCCAAAUCUCUGUAUGUAUUGUUGAAGACAGUGACUGUUUCUUUAUUUCUUCAUCUGUACCUGUUUUCUGUUCAGGUGGGAGCUGGUGGGAUCGGUGUCCCACUGCCGGGCCGGAGCCGGAGUAGCUGUCUGCUCAUCUCACGUUAGCCAGAUUAGGGAUGUCGGCCAGGGCUCCAGCAACGUGGCCAACUGCAUGUGA